CCAAUGAGGCCUCAGGGAAGUCAGCCAGGUCCAGCCCCUCCCCCACCAGCCCUGGGACUCAACGCAGCCUCAAGAUCGCUCCUCGUCGAUCCUCCUCCACUGACGUCAACGGAGAGUCCGAGCAGCCGGACGACGCCACUGUCGAAGUUAACGGGAAUCGAUCGGUUUCUUCCUCCAACAUCAACGAGAAAUACAAAGUCGGGAAAGUGAUCGGAGACGGAAACUUCGCUGUGGUGAAGGAGUGUGUGGAGAGGUCGACGGGACAGGAAUACGCCCUGAAGAUCAUCGACAAGGCUCGCUGCUGUGGGAAGGAGCACCUGAUAGAGAACGAGGUGGCGGUCCUGCGGAGGGUUCGACAUCCGAGCAUCAUCCAGUUAAUCGAGGUGGACGAAACUCCGUCGCAGCUGUUCCUCGUCAUGGAGCUCGUCAAGGGCGGCGACCUGUUCGACGCCAUCACCUCCUCUACUAAGUACAGUGAGCGUGACGCAAGCGCCAUGGUCUUCAACCUGUCCGGAGCCAUCAAGUACCUGCACUGCAUGAACAUCGUCCACCGUGACAUCAAGCCCGAGAACCUGCUGGUGUGUGAGUAUCCAGACGGCACCAAGUCGCUGAAGUUGGGGGAUUUUGGUUUGGCGACGGUCGUGGAGGGACCGCUGUACACCGUCUGUGGGACGCCAACGUAUGUCGCCCCGGAGAUCAUCGCAGAGACCGGUUAUGGUCUCAAAGUCGACAUCUGGGCGGCUGGAGUCAUCACCUACAUCCUGUUGUGUGGAUUCCCUCCAUUCCGAAGUGAGAAUAAUGUGCAGGAGGAGCUGUUCGAUCAGAUCCUCAGAGGGAAGCUGGAGUUUCCGUCUCCAGACUGGGACACCAUCAGUCUGCCUGCAAAGAUGCUGAUUAGUCAGAUGCUGCAGGUGAACGUAGACACUCGUUUCACUGCAGAGGAGGUUUUAUCACACCCCUGGGUGACG